GUCAGGAAACUAUGAGCCGUGGCCGUGGCGUGUAUGGACACAGCACCGCAUCGUCAUUGUCUGCGGGAGCUCCUACCGUAUACCUCAGGCGCUAACCAAACAGAACGUGGCAAAACCAGAGAAUGCCCGGACCCACACGAUGUUGGCCAUGAGAGGAGGAGCUAUAAGCAUCCGAAACACCACCAGAAUCAACCCCCAACGACCUCCACCACGCCUAUCCCUCUGCGCGCGCACCACCAUCCAGCACAACUCCAUGGCCGACCGCAACGGCGAUGCGGCAGCAGCAACGAAGACUCGAGUCCCUCAACCGAUUGAAGCAGCGAAGCCGAAAGAGGAAGAAGCAAAGUCAGCGGAGAAAACACCUCCGCCUCCGCCGCCCGAGAAGCCGGAGCCGGGCGAUUGCUGCGGCAGCGGAUGCGUGCGGUGCGUGUGGGAUGUGUAUUACGACGAGCUCGACGAAUACAACAAGCUGUACAAAUGUGAUUCCAACUCCAAAUAGCUUGAAUUCGAAUUGAUGCUGUAGAUCUUAAGAUAAUUUUGUAACCAGAUUUCAAUUCAAAGAUUGAAUAUUCACAAUU